UAUUUUUCCAGUAGGAAAUGUCACUGCAAGAAUUAUCUAUAUUUCAAUUUUUCAUCUUAACAUGCUUUCUCUCUUUAUGAAAUUUCUAUUUUCAAAUUAACUACAUGAUAGUGAGAGAAAGAGGAAAGAAAAGUAAAAUACAAAAACAUCCAAACGUACGUGUUUAUAGGUAACGUAACAAACGUGUACAUGUGCACGAAAAGGCAUAUAUUAGUUUCACAGUAACCGUUGCAACCCACUUCUUUAGAAGUUUCCUUAUUCCACAUUGUAAAAUCCGACAAAGACACAGAAACAAAACACAAAAAUUCAUUGAUUGGGUUUAAGAAGGUGAAGAGAAUGAAGAAGCAGACAAACACAAACUCAGUCUUGGAGAAGAAACUUGAAGAACUCGAGAAUCUAAGUGAAUCACUCACUUUUAAUGAAGAUGAUCCCAGUGUCUACCGCGAUAUCGAACUCCGAGUUAUUUUCGCGAAGACCCUCUUAGCGGCUGAGAUUUCUUCCCGGCCUAACGACACAGAAGGAGAAGAAGGCAGUGAAGAAAGGGUGAAAUUUGCUUGCAUGGCCAAGAGGUUAACCGAACUCGAAGAGGCUUUUACAACCAAUCGACUCUCCAGUCGUGAUGAUGAGAGUUUGGAUAAUAAUGAUGGUGUUGGCGAUGGUGAAGCCGGUUCGGUUGUCUCGUGGGUGAAUUCUUGUCAGGAAGAACUUGAUAAAGCAGAGGAGGAGGAGAAGUUGCUAUUGUUUCAAGAUGCUUCAUCGGAGGAGAAGAAAGGAGAUGAAGACGAUGAGCAGUGGCCAUUGUUUCAAGAUGCUUCAUCGGAGGAGAAGACAGAGGUUACGUUUCCAGCAGUGCCGGUUAAGGAAGAGGUGGUGGUUAGAGAUGUGAAAGACAAGAGGCGGUUUGGUUUUAUGGAUUUGAUCUGUUUCGGUUUAAUGGGUGUGAUUAUAACCUUACUAUUAGGGUAUAUUGGUGAUAUCACAGAGGAAGAUCCUUUUCUUACCCCUACUUAGUGAUUCUUUCAUUUCAUUUUCACUCUGUUUUUAGUUUCAUUCUUUCAGUUUGCUACUCGUAUGAAUACAUUAGAUGGUUGUAUU